AUGGGGUGGUUUAAUUAUACAAAUGCCACAGAAGAACCAUUCACCGAUGUAACUGAUGUCAUGUUUAAUGUGACGUCACUUGCAACGAACAGGCCGGCGACCCCACCUCCUGUGGGUUACUAUGGGGAUUUACGGGCGCUACUGUGGAGGAUCCUGGCCCCGAUCAUCAUGUUGAUGGGACUUACCGGAAACUGUCUCACGGUUCUAGUCCUGCUGCAUCAGGAGCGCCGAAAGAUGAAAUCAACGUCCCUCUUCCUGUUGGCGCUCGCGCUAUCCGACACUAUAAUUCUGUUCAGUGGGCCACUACGGAACUGGAUCAUUAACACCUGGGGUGUUGACGUCCGCCUGGCCAGUACGGCCUCCUGUCGCGCUCAACUGUACACAACCUACUGCAGCAUCCACCUAUCUUCCUGGCUGCUAGUGGCAGUCACAUGGGAGAGGUCGCUCAGCGUCCUCUUUCCGCAUCGGGUGAAGGUCCUCUGCACCUCGCGAAAGGCGGUCGCCAUAAUUCUGGUGUUAGUUGUUAUCAUUUGCGGCAUUGACAUCAUGGUUCCCGUGAUGGUGAAACUGGAUGGACUAGCGGAACGCCGUUGCUCCCCAUACACCAAGGAACUGUUUGAUUUAAGAAAUAAUGUCUAUGAAUGGAUAGAUUUUACACUUGCGUUUGCGGCUCCGUUCCCGAUUCUCGUGAUCGGCAACGUAAUAAUAGUUUGGCAGCUACAUCAAUCGCGCGCACGUCGCUUGAAAAUGAGCAGUCGGAUCCGAGACACGCGGCCCAUCUCAAUGCUCAUGGUGGCACUUUGUAUGGUCUACUUCCUAUCGGUGACACCAGCGGCAGUCAUGCAGGUUCUAUAUCCUAUAUAUGAAGCGAAGAUCGUGGAACAACUAAAAACAGAUCCUUACACGGCCUGGUAUAACUUCCAGUACCUGUUGUUUGUCCACACCGUCACAACUCUUCUAAGCCACAUGAACGCCGCGGUGAACUUCCUGUUAUACGUGUUUAGCGGCUCAAAGUUCCGCCAGGAGCUCAUGCUACUCUUUCGAGGGAAGCCCGUCAGCGGGCGCAGCUCGUUCGCACCAAGGCCAAGGGACUCGCCCCAAACCGUCUCCACUAAAAUACCUUCAAUCACUACACAGUUGGCUUCAAGUUAA